UUACAACUCCUAUGUCGACGUUCAGAGGCAUCAUAUCCGAGUUUCCGCAAAUCAGAAUCGAUUACUUUCGACAUCAACCGGAUCACAAGGCGCCGUUGGCAUGUUUCCUCAGCCAUGUGCAUUCUGACCAUCUUGCGGGGUUGGAGAGUUUGAGGGCGCCCUUUGUUUAUUGUUCUGCCGCAACGCGGGAGAUACUCCUACGUCUAGAGAAAUACCACUACCGCAUCAACUUUGCCAACAACAUUCUCGAAAGCCACAAUGUUACUUACGACAAAACUAUGCGCAGGCUCGCUAAACCACUCCCCCUCGACACCCCGACGAUGAUUGAACUCGCCCCUGGAAAUAGCAUCCGCGUCACGCUCAUCGACGCAAACCAUUGUGUCGGCGCCGUCAUGUUCCUCAUCGAGGACGACGGCAAAGCAGUGCUCUACACGGGCGAUAUACGAGCAGAGACUUGGUGGGUAAACUCCUUGGUUCAGAACCCAGUGCUUUUGCCGUAUACGCUUGGAUCCAAACGACUGGAGUGCAUGUAUUUGGACACCACGUUUGCGACGAAGAAUGAAUUGUAUCGGGAGUUUCCGAGCAAAGCGCAGGGGAUUACGGAACUGCUCGAAGAAGUUAGUGAAUUCUCCGAGGACACAGUUUUCUACUUUCAUUCCUGGACCUUUGGCUAUGAGAAUGUCUGGAUUGCGCUGUCUGCGUUCUUGGGUGAGAGGAUACAUGUAGAUGACUAUCGAGCACGGGUCUAUGGCUCACUAUCUACAUUGGAUAGGAAGAGUCUCCGUGAGGCUGGCCUCGACGUACAAGCUGACAACAAGUCUCUGCGAGAAUCCGGGUUUGAGAUUCGUGAAGCACCGGCGUUGUGUGGGUUCAGGAAUGGAAAUCAUAUACAAUCCGGCUGCCUCACCUCUCGGGAGAAUGCACGCAUACACGGCUGCGAACAUGGCAUGGGCUGCCCAGUCAUAGACCAGGACGCAGACGCAAAAGUAGUCCACAUCAUCCCGAUCGUAACCCGCGCCAACGGCACUGAGAUAGCAGAACUCGGCGCUGGAGGCGGCAAGGGUGACUUGGCGCAAAAAGAAGAGCUACAGACAGACGGACUGGCAGAGAUCAGCAAACUGAUGGAGUUGUGUGCGCAGACGAUCACAGACGAGGAGUCCGUCUCCAAAGUUCUGGCGUUGCUGCAACGCACGCUUGAUGGUGGCGACGGCACAAUGAAUCUUGAUAUGCAGCUUCAAAAGCCCAGCCAGGACUCACAGGACGAUCCAUCGCUGUACACGCUCGUUGCAGCCCUCUCUUCAUACGUAUCCAAGAUCAAACUGGCCAGCAAGCCGCAGAACAAAACCAUCCGAUUCUCGUACUCACGACACUCGUCGUACCAUGAACUGUGCCAGGUCGUCGACGCUUUCUCGCCUAAAGACGUGUUCCCCUGCACAGUCGACGAGAAGAACUGGACGCCAGAAUGUAGCAUGCAAAACUUGUUCGGCGAGUACUGUUCCGGCACUACUUUCCGCCACGAUGUCGAGAUGAUACGCAUAUACGAAGAGCGACGAGAACAAGAGGUAAGGGAGAAACGGGACCGGGACGAGGUCGAGACACAACAACAGGAUACACAGACCAGCAAUGAAAGUCGAGCUCCGAGUUUCGUCGAAGCUAAGCGGAUGAAAAUAGAGGGGAAACUCAUCAGUGAAGAAGACUCAGAGGACACAUACAGGACGGCAAACGAGACGUUGUGCAAAUCGGACUUUUCUGCUGUUGUCGCACAUGAUCAGGUCGAAAUACCCAUGAUUUCUUCGCCUGCUCGAAUACCUUCGCUAUCAGCUACAUCUCCCAUAGUACAGCCUGAGAUCCUCGGCCCGGCCAUCACAUCCGACUCCCAUCUACCUCCUCCGCCAAUACCAACGUCCAGUACUAUCCAGGAAAAGAAACGGAGGAGGAAGAUGACGAAUCGGCAACUUGCGUACGAGGCUGCUAUCGGUACGCACUUGACUUGGGCGGACUACGGCGGCUUGGUGUCUACGAGGAGGAAGGAAGAUCGAGAGGAAGUGGAGUUAAUAUGAUGUGGGUUUGGACGUGG